AGAAGAAAGCUAUUUUUGUGAUCACACAAACUUUGAAUUGUUGUGAAUGAUGAAAUACGAAAAAGCUAAACAGAAGCUGUAGAUCUCGUAGCGGAACGCAGUAGUCGGUGUAGCACACUGCUGGUCUGCAUGCAGCCAUGGCCAAUUCUCUCCGCCGCGUCGUGAAAAAUUUCGCUGGAUUGCAGCCAAUGGCAUCUAGUUUGUCUACGGCCCCGUGUUCACGAAUGGCUGCACGCAGCUUCAGUGGCGUCCGAAACUCCGCUUCCCCAUGCGGCCAGAUCCUGACAUCAGCAUGUAACAGAAGGACAUCGUGUGGAGCACUACCAGCAAGACACCAGCCAUGUUGCUUCUUAUCUACGACGGCAUUCCGGGAACGACGGCGGAACAAGAUGGAUUACAUGAACAUGCCUCCACCCUAUGAUGACAUUGAAUGGGACAUCAAAGUAGGGCUCUGUCUUACCCGACCGCCGCGAAUCACUCAGAAAAUGACCAAGUGGCUACAAGACUAUCUUGAUGUUGUAGAUGACAAGGAAGAUGAGAGAGCAAUCCCAUCAGCUCAUGACGAGCUCAUGAAGCGCUUUUCCAGGCUGACGAAGGCCCUGGAGAAACGUGCAAGUGGCGAGACUGUAACGGAGUUCACACAACAAGAGUUGACUGGUGAUGAAAUGCAGCUGUACGAGGAGAUUCAAGCCAUUGAGGAGGAUGAGAAAGCCAAAUAUAAGCCUGCAGACCGCGAAACACAAGAUGAUAUUGACAAGGUGCUGACGUCCAUGAACCGCUGUCUGGAUAAUUACCUGUACCUAGUUGUGAGACAUAAACGUGACCACUUUCAGUGGACGUUUCCACAAAUGGACGCGUGUGGAACCAUGGCGUUGCACGAGGAGGCAGUACGUAUGGCUGACACAUUUACCACACCAACAUUUGAUUAUAAAAUCCAUUCCAAUGCACCGUCUGGCCUGAUGUCCGUCAAGCAUGCAACAGAGAACGGCAGACUUGGCUCCAAGGUGUUUGUAUACAACGGCUUGGUAACUGGUGAUACGAAAAUCGAAGCACUCAACGACCCUGAGUACCUGGAGUACAGGUGGUUGCCCAAAGUUGAGAUCAAGAAGCUGAUGUCCACCGAGCAAUUCCGUGGUAUAUCCGACAUGCUGCUGGUGUGAGUGCCUUGCAGUUGGCCGCCGCUGCCCCUGGCAAGUGCUUGCGGGCGCAACAUGUACGGCGGCGCUAGCUGCUUUAAAUACACACUUACAACAAGAGUGCAGUCCAAAGCAGAACAUUUGCGCAUUGCUACUUGAAAGUGUGCCCAAAGUUGUUAGCAAUUUAGCAACAGUACUAUCGCGUUGUCAUCAAUCCAUGUAUAUUUAAUUAUGGGCACUCCCUCUUUUGAUUGGUGGCAGAUAUGACGCCGUUGCUCUUCUCCAUCUUGUUUGCACAUGCCUGCAGGCUGUGUGGAUGUGCAUGCACUUACUACGUAGCCUGUGUGCAUGUACAUGGUGCGUGUGUGUAUGUUGACUACCAUGACUAUACCUACCGCUGGUCGGCACUGUGAGGACCUCAGUGAUCUUCGACUCACUCAGAAUGUAUCACGGAUGUUUGUACUAAGUAUUGUACUUGCAAGUAUGUUGAAAGCACCAACUAGCAUUGCCCAAGUGCUAGAGGUUGCAGAUCUGAGCCAGUAAGAUACACUUCUUCUUCUUCUAGCCCAGAGUGCAUCAUAUUAUUACAAUGUACUAUUUAUUCAUACUUUACUUGGGAAACCCGACAGACCAAUGGUUUGGCCAAGCGUUCCUUAACUUCCGUCAAGCUUCCAAUAGUGACAGCAUAGAGUUCUUUUUUUCUAGGUGUACUUCGAAGUUCAAACUACACUCACUGAAGAAGAAAGACAAGAUUGUCCAACAUUG